AUGGGCUGCUUCAACUCGACCGACUCCGUGCCUCUUCAGGACCCCACAAGGGGGUACAUGUACACGAACCCCAAGGCGAAGGGGACGAAAGAGGCGCUCUUUGGUGGACUCCUCUACCGCAUCAUUGACGAGCAGGAGGGGUGCUGGGCCUUCUACAACAACUCGAAAGACUACGAGUUUCACAUCAAGUACCUGUUUGGUGCUGAUAGUCACGUGAACGCACUGAGCGACACCGCAGUGACGGUGCAGGAUGACGGCAUUCUCGCCGAGGUGUCCGUUUACCCGUUGGAGACGAAGGACUUUGUGCGGGGCAUGAUCGACGGCUACGAGAGCAAGCUUGAGGCACUACCGCUAUCGGAGGAGUACUUUGCGCAGCAUCCGGAGCUCGACGAGGCAGCUUACUACCGCCGUCUCGAGGCGCCCAAGAGCAACCAAUUCUAG